AUGACUUACCGCCUACACGACUCCCAGUCGUAUGCUGGAUCGAGCACCGAAAGUGUUGCUGGGCGCUGUGUUGAUCAUGGUGUCCAAGCAAAUACGGAGCAAGAAUGUACUGAUGAUCGACAUUUACCUAGUGGUAAGAGAGCGAUGUACGUCUACUGCUACGCCAACGUGCAUGGGCUUGUGCCAUCGUACCGGCAGAUUGCGAUUUUCCCAGAUGAUGUAGAGGAGAUCGAUCUUACAUAUGCGGAUACGAAAUGGCUAUUUCGCCUGCUUGGGCAAGGGCGACUUCGGACUGGAGGGAGACUUUCUACCUCCCCUCCCACCAAAUAUCCGCUUGGAUGCAGUCAAGUCUAUUGA